CCACAACCAUGCGACCCAUCACCUGUCCGCGCGUCCGGCCGGCGCUGGGCCGAUGCGCCUCGGCCAUACGCCACACAUCGGGUCGCAUCUCGACCCAGCUCGGGCGUGGGAGGCGUGCGGCCUCGAGGUCAGUCUCCUUUGGGGGCGAGGGCCCGGGCGGCGAGCAAGAGGCUCCCGGCUGCCUCGCCCGGCUCCUCCUCUUCAUCCUGAGUGGGUUCGGGCUGCGGCCCUUUAUGCGCAGCCUCAACGACGCCUACGGCUGGCGCUACAGCGCGUCCGUGGUCGCGCAGUACGGCCUCAACCAGGGCGCCGGCAUGAACCUGCUCCUGCUCUCGAUCAAGUUCUACGCCUUCUCGGCGCUCAAAAUAGAGACGGCGGAGUGGGGCCGGCUGCAGGGCUUCUCGGCCAUCCCCUGGCAGCUCAAGGCGCUGUUUGGCAUCCUCUCCGACACGCUCGCCGUCCGCGGCCUCCACCGCUCGCCGUACCUCAUCCUCGGCGGCCUGCUCGGCUUCACCGGCGCACUCAUGCUCACCGUGCUUCCGGCCUCGAUGCUGCCCGCCGCGGGCCUGGCGCUCCUGCUGCUCCUAUGUAACCUGAACGUUGCGAUGGGCGAUGUUGUCGUCGACGCCACCAUCGCCGUCAAGUGCCGGGAGGUGCCGGAGCGCGCGGCGCAGCUGCAGAGCCUCUCCUGGGGCGCGUUCGGCCUCUUCGGUGCCGUCGCCGUCGCCUGCGGGGGCUACAUGGUCGAGUACGCCUCGCCGCGCCUUCCCUUUGGCCUCUCGGCCGGCUGCGCCUGCGCCGUCCUCGUCCCCGCCGCCCUCGGCUGGCUCGAGCGCAGGGAGGGCUCGGCACGCCCGUGGUUCCGCUGCUUCUGCCCCUCCAACACGACGGAUAUACUCCCGGUCGACUGGGAGCAGGCGGACUUCCGCGCGGCCGAAAACACUACGUGCUACGUCGACCCACUGAGCACGACGGAGCUGGUGUGCGGCUGGUCGAAAGCGCGCGAGUACCCCUGCCUGCAGCCGAGCGUCUACAGCUGGCUCGGGGUCGCGAGCAUGCUCUCCAUCGUGGCGGGCACUACGCUCUACUCCUCGUACUUUGUCCGCUGGCGCUUCCGCACGAUGCUGGCGUCGGCGCAGCUCUUCCUCGCGCUCACGGGCAUCGUCGACCUCAUCUUUGUCACCCGCCUCUGGGCGAGCUGGCUUCCAGACUGGGCGCUGAUCCUCUUCGGCGACACCGUCUUCACAACCAUCGUCGACCGGCUCGGCGACAUGGCCUUCUUCAUCUUCUGCGCCAAGCUCUGCCCGCCAAAGGUCGAGGGCUCGAUGUUUGCCCUCCAGAUGGGUCUGUCCAACUUUGGCAGCAACGCCGGCCUGUACUUGGGCACGGCCAUCCUCGAGAUCUUCUACCCGAAGCUUCACGCGCCCGAGUUUGAGGGUCUCACCUCCUAUAUUACGCUGCGCUCCGCCCUGCGCCUCCUGCCCAUCCUUCUCGUCCCCUUCCUCGUGCCGCGGGGGCGGCCGAGCGACUCGGCCAAGGAGCUCGGCGCCGGACAAGCCAUCACAGCAGAGGCGGACGAGGAGGAGCAGGGCGUGGAGGAGAAGACGGACCUGUCCCAUCGCACCUCUGUGGAGGCUGGAGACGAGGAGGCAGCUGCUGCCGACGACAACGACGACGUCGACGAUAGUAAUGCCGCCGAGCAAAAGGUGUAAGUGCUGCUGGGGGUGCAUCGGAGAAUCGGGCGCGCAACUCUUAUUGCUGCGGAGCGCCCACAACUCGUUGUGCUGCGCGCGCUGUGCCGGGAACGUGGCCUGACAGUGAUCGGUGUUGGCUGUCGAUCAGGACUGUGGACGGGAACACAGCUGUGGGCGGUCUGGGGUGGGGUCAGUUCAUACAUGUGCAUGCGGUUUGCGCGCUUGCUGGAGCUUGUCGUGCAGAGAGGCGCGUGACACCAGGGAGAGAGGAGACGCGGUCUCUGCGGCAGAGGCCCGUAGCUUAUUUGGUUGUAUAUUUUGCGUCUGAAACCUCCACUCA